CUCAAUUCUGGUGAAAGAAAUUACAGUGUGUACAUGCUGAAUAAAUCUCCCAUGAGAGUUUUCUGGUUCGUCAGGUAUUUUGAAGAACAUCCUGUAGAAACCUAUGCUAAAUAAUAAGUAAAAAAAAAAAAAAAAUUUAAAAAAAUGAAAUUAGGGACAUGGUUUAGUGCUAGAGUUACCUUAUGAUUGGACUCCAUGAUCUCAAGGGUCUCUUCCAACCAAAAUGAUUCUAUGAUUAGAUUUCUAGUUGCUAUUAUGUAGUCACAGAAUAAUAGGGUAGGGAUUUUGAGAGGUCAUGUAGUCUGUACACCUGGGCAAAGCCAGACCAGACUGAUCAGAUUGCUUACAGGCAUGUGACAUAAAAAUUCUGAAUGAUGGAGAUUCCACAAUCUCUUGAGGCAGCCUUUUCCAAUAUCUGACCCUGUCAUGGUUUGGGGGGUGGGGAGGGAAAUCCCCAAAGUUUCCACGCAUCAUUGGAAAAGCCUGUCUUGCAAGCUACAUUCAUUAUGUCUUACCCUGCUGCAGUGCACUCCCCUCAGAUGAGCUGGUUUCCAUUUUCUCAGUGCUGUCUGGCUAAGCAGCUGUAUAAAGUUGUAGAUCUCCCUGUAGCUUUUGCUUUCUGGAGGCUGAACAAAGCCAUUUCUCUGAAGUUUUUCCUCAUGUUACAUUUUCCAGUCACUUUAUCAACUUGGUGACCCAACACAGUGCUCCAAAUGCAGCUGGUCCAAGUUCCGGGUGGUGGAGAAGGACUCUGUCCUUUCAGGUCCAGGUGUUUUUUGAGGACAUCAAACGUUAUGGCUGCUAAUGUGAUCCCCAAGGGAUGCCACUAGUAAUGGGCUGUGAACUGGCCUUUGCCCCACUGAGCACAAUCCUGCAAUCCUCUACCUUCUUAUCCAGUUAUGCACCAAUUUAUCUCACCAGUUGGGCAGUAAGGAUACUACAGGAGAUUGCAUAAGGGACGUGUCUGUAUCUGAUUCUUGGCUGUGUUUAUGCAGCUUUAUUUGCUUAAAAUGUUUUUCAUGUGAAAAAACAUGCUUCUCUCAGUCUAAAGCAGGUACAGAAUUCCUUGCAGCAAUCAACAGUAUCCGAGAUCCACUAGUGCAGGUUAUGGCUCAGUUUCCUGGGAAAUUUGGGACCACAGGUGAACUGGCAAACCCAGUCAGUUGUUCAAAGUUUCAUUAGGACAUUGAAAUUCACUAAUCUUACAGUUUGAGAAGGGAAGCAAGAACAAACGUUAACCACCAGACUCAGCUGGUGUUUAUUCAUAUUAAGCAGUCAAUUUAGAUAUUCUGACCUUUAUUCUGUCAGAUAACUGAGACUGAAGUACAUUUCUAAUCUACACAAGUUGGAUACUCACUAGAUGUUUCUUCUGUGGUGACGCUGCAGUCUCCUUAUCAGGUAGGUUUCUGUCUGCUUGAGCCUAUUCCUCUUGUGAGCUAAUAUUCCCAUUAAGAUUUACAACCCUUGAAAAGAAAGGUCCUGGAGGAAACAGUGAGGCCGGAAAAGGCUGGCAAUCCCCCUCAGCACACAAGUGCAACAGACCAGUGCAUGCUUGGGGUUCACAGGUGGGAAAAGCUGUAGCCAGAGAAACCAGAAGUCUGGAGAAGGACUGUCUUCUGAAUCUCCACUUGCAUAAAAUAUGUGUAGUGCUUCCCUGAGGGAUUGACACUGACAACUUUAAGUCUUGCACAUUUGAAGAGAUGCUGAUAUUCACAAAGUACCAGAGGUAACACCUGUUUCAGUGUUUCACCACCCUCAUUGUAAAAAAUUUCUUCUUCAUGUCUAGCUUGAGUCUCCCCUCUUUUACGUUUUAAACCAUCACCCCUUCUAUUGCAACAGGUCCUGCUAAAAAGUCUGUCCGCAUCUUUCUUACAGGCCGCUUUUAAGUACUGAAAGGCCACAAUAAGGUCUCCCCGGAGCCUUCUCUUCUCCAGACUGAACAACCCUAACUCUCUCUGUCCUCCCAGCAGAGCUGUUCCAGCCUCUGAUCAUCUUGGUGGCUCCUCAGCCCCCUCUCCAACAGGUCCAUGUGUGUCCUGUGCUGAGGGCUCCAUGGCUGGACACAGGACUCCAGGUGGGGUCUCACCAGAGUGGAGCAGAGGGGCAGAAUCACCUCCCUCCACCUGCUGGCCACACUCCUUUUGAUGCAACCCAAGAUACAGUUGGCAUUCUGGUCUGCAAGAAUCAUAGAAUUAUUUUGAUUUGAAGAGACUCUUAAGAUCGUAGAGUCCAACCGUAACUUAAGUCUAGCACUAAACCAUGUCCCUAAGAGCCUCAUCUAUAUGUCUUUUAAACACCUCCAGGGAUGGUGACUCCACCACUUCCCUGGGCAGCCUGUUCCGCUGCUAUACAACUUUUUCUGGGAAGAAAUGUUUCCUAAUGUCCAAUCUGAACCUUCCUUGGCACAACUUGAGGCCAUUUCCUCCUGUCCUGUCACUUGCUACUUGGGAGAAGAGACCAACACCCUCACUGCUACAACCUCCUGUCAGGUAGUUGUAGACAACAAUAAGGUCUCCCCUCAGCCUCCUUUUCUCCAGGAUAAACAGCCCCAGCUCCCUCAACUGGUCCUCAUCAGACUUGCACUCCAGCCCCUCACCAGCCUCAUCACUUUCCUCUGAACUCUCUCCAGCACCUCAAUGUCUUUCACAUAGUGAGAGGCCCUAAAACUGAACACAGAAUUUGAGGUAGGGCCUCCUCAGCGCUGAGUACAAGGGACCGAUCAGUUCCCUACAUUGCCAGCUCAUGUCCAGCUUUUCAUCCACUAAUUUCCCCAAGUCCUUCUCCACAUUGCUGCUCUCAAUCCCUCAUCCACCAGCCUGUAAUGAUACCAGGGGUUGCCUGGACCCAGGUGCAGGACCUUGCACUUGGCCUUGCUGAACCUCAUGAGGUUCACAUGGGCCCACUUCUCGAGCUUGUCCAUCCGUCCCUCUGGAUGUCAUCAUGUCAAUCAGGCAUGUCAACCACACCACUGAGCUUGGUGUCAUCUGCAAACUUUUUGAGUGUCCACCUGAUCCCACUGUCUAUGCUAUUAUUAAUUACUAUUAAUUAAUUAUUAAUUAUUAUUUUUAAUAUCACUUGGGAGAACUUAGAUGAAAAGAAAAUUCACCUUUGUAGAGGUAAGUAAUGAGAAAUGUGGAAAGGAGAAGCCAGCAGUCAGACUUAGUAAGUCCCAAAGCUCUUGCAGUAACUUUAGAACAUCAGAUACCAGCUUGAGGUUUCUUGUCUUUUUCCUCCUAAAGUAAAAUUACUUGCCAUAGUCAGAAGUUUAGGGUUUAGUUUAAAUGGAGUCUUCUAGAAAUUUAAGCUUAAUGGAGCUUUUAAAAAAACUGAGUUUUCUUUGGCAGCUGUAAAAUCGAGCAAAUGAAACAUCUUUCUGGGUAGCGCAGUAAGAAGCAUGUCCCUGCAAAUGCACGAAGUGACUCUACGUCGCAGUAUAUCUCAACAGCUUUGAUGAAACUUCAUUUACUGAUGUUGCAGCAUGUGCUUGGACCAUGUCAACAUUUAAGCAAGGGGGAAAUAUAAAGAGUGCUUGAAAGAAGCUUAAAAGGGUCCUGCAGUGACCAGGGAAUCACAGAUGGCCCUUAGCCUUGGCUUGGUUUGUCAGUUCAGGUCACCUGCUGUGUCCUGUCUGCCUGCCUAUUCUUGUUUAUUCUUUCUUAUCAGACAUCGUUCUUAUGGUUGUCGUUUUACAUGUGGUUUCUAAAAGUUGAAGGGCAACUGCCCUGUUUCAGUGCAGGUCUUGGCUUCCCUUUUCCUGUCCCCAUAUGCACUUGCAGCAGGACUUUUGAACCUUUGUUGGAAUUACAGCCUUUGAACAGAGUGCAGGGCAGCACAGUCUUUCUACUAGGCGGUGACUGCUCACCUCCAUUUUUUGAUCUCCUUCCAGGGCUUCAUAGCAUUGCAUAAGGAGAAGUUGCAGACUUACUGUUCAAUAAUGCAGCGUCAUGCUUGCUCAGAUGUUGGAAGUAUAGUGUCUGCUAAAAGUAGUGUGGGGGUGGUCCUUGUUUUACACCACAGGAAACAAUUUCUGAGAGAGCAUUGUAAUAGCUAAACCAGAGGGGAGGAAUAGACAAGUUUUGCUAAGACUUGUAAGCACUUAGGAUUUGAGGCAAUAUUCACUCCCAGGUAAUCAAUAAUCCUGUCAUGUAUGGGGAAUCCUGUGGUAGCCUCUGAACUGUGUCUCUCUUGACAGUCUCUAAUGCCAAGAAGUCUUUUUAUGUUAGUUUGUUUGUCCUUUGUAGAAGUAUUUAGAAAGUCCUUUAUGCUGGUGCCUGGCAGAUUGCUUUGAAAUGCUGCAGGAGAGUGUGUAAAUUGGGUCUGGAGGAAGGGACUAGAUGAGAUCGUGUCUUCCUGAACAAAUUUGCUGUUGUGGUGGUUGGCUUUUUUUUCCUCAGCACCAAUCUACAGACUGAUUAUGUCUGAGAGAUAUACUUUACUCAGCUUUUAAUCAUACCCUUUUCUUCCAGUGUAGCUGGGAGCAUAGCUGUUCCUGCUUCAGAAUGAAGGUGAAAGGAAACAAGUACCACAGCUGUAUCUGCAAAUUAAUUGUGACUGGCAGCAAGAUGAACUAUUAAACUAACCUGAUAUUUGAAUUGAACUUAUUUGUAACUAACAGGUUUCUAAGAUGAUUUUGUCCUCAAGGGUGGAUUUGGGCAAGCCCGGGCUAGGAAGCCAUACCACACAGGAUACAAAUAUUAGUUGGAGUUAUUUAAGGAAAGUUAACUUUGCUGAUUUGACACUUCCUCCCUUGAAAGCACUACCACUCUUCUACUUUAGUGCAAAUAUUCCCAAAUUCCAGGUAUCACCAUCAUCUCCUCUGCCUCCCAUCAAACUCUCUUGAUUUUCUCAGGCUAGUCUGUCUUCUCUUUUAUUCCUGACCUUCUUUUCCACUUGCUAGUCUCUUCUAUGGGAUCCCAGUUUUCACCUCUUCCUUGUUCUCUCGUAUUUUCCCUUGAAUUGUGAACCUCCUUCCCCGUGGUGAUUUUGAGGAUUGAGCUGUAGUAACCUGUGUGAAGGUGCUUUGCCUGCAGCUCGGCUGCAGUUUGCACUAACUGCAGUGUCUGAACACAGACUGGUUCUUUUCUUCCUUACCUAUAUUGUUAGUGCACAAAGCUGUGAGUCUAAGCUUUUUCCUAGGUGUAUGACUUUAUUAAAAAACCUGAUAGAGAUUAAUGUAAAGCAUUGUUCCUUGAUAACUUGAUGGGCUAGACCAAAGUACAAGAAGGGUUUGAAGGACAUCAGAAUAAAUGCUGUUUUGGACUUCAAUUUCAGGAAAAGCUUUAAUGGUUCUUUUGUGAGAAUAUCAGACAGAAAUUCAUCACCUGCUUUUUUUAUCCAGGACUUGCCGGAAGUGAAUUAUUGUUAGAAGAGCCUUUUUAUCAUCUUUGUGGACUGUCCUUUCUCAAGUAUUUAUCAUAGCUGCCUCUUUGCAGUAAUGAUUAUAAUGGCCGAGGAAACACUUUCUACAGAAAAUACACAAAAGAAAUGUAUUAAUUGAACCCACUGACACUGACAAUAAAAUAGUUUUAUACCACAAUGGUUACUGUUCUUAGACCUGAGAUUGUGGCUAUCACAUGUUGCAUCACUGCUGUUUGUGCUUUCGAGUUCUUUAAUACUCUUAAGCAACAUAUUCCUUAACAGUCCUUAUGAUUUUUUAUCUAAAAAUACAAAAUAAUCUUGGUUUGUUAACCUGGAGAUUGGUUUCUGAAUCCAUUCAUCAAGCACGUGUCCAUGUCCUGGUUUUUGUUUAUUUGGUUUGGGGCUUUUUGUCUUGUAGCCUAUGGAAAACAUCACUAGCCUUGAGAUGGCUAUAAUAAUUGCAAUUUCAGUAAAAGGUGAGAAGUGGUCACCAGAAAAUCCGUCUUGUUCUCAAAGUUCAGCCUAAAUGUAAUAAAAGUUGUUCAGUACCAUUUGGAGGAAGGGUCAUUGCUCUGCUGAAAAAUCUGUGUGUCACAGAAAGCAGAAAUGGCUAACAGUGAUGCCACCUAGAUUUGCAGAUCAUCAUGAUGGUGGGAAUGUAAAGAACAGGGCUGGAGCCCUGAGGCACACAUGAGAAAGAGACAAAAAGUAAGUAUUCAAAACUGAUGACUCACAGAGGUGGGACUGUAUGGGAGACAAAUGUUUCUGAAUCACUGUUGGCACAUUGGCUCACGGCUGCCAGCCUGGCCACCAUCCCUUGUCCCUGGUCAUUCCUGGCUGGAGCACUUGGGUACCUGUGUCUGGAUACGGGACGCGCUUCUGGGACAAACACCUUCUGCUUGUGUGGUCAGUUUUGUGUUAACCUGUUCUCACCUUUUGCUCCUCUAAGUCCCUUUGAUGAGUUUGCUUUGUUGUUGCUGCAUUGUCACAGUAUCUUUUGUCACUGAAAAGUACAGAUAAGCAACGCUGAUACCAAAUUAUCGGGAGGGAAUUUGGUAUCACUUCCGUUGAUACCAAAGCAAAUACAGCAGCAGAUGGGAAUGCCAGGGGAGUGCCACAUGCUUCUCUUUUCUUUUUUUUUUGGGGUCAGAUGGCGAUUGCUGCAGAUAAGUUUUCUGUGAGCACGGUUCUUGUUGUGGUUGUAUGUGGGAUGUAAGGAAUGCUAGUUUUGGCUGUUUAUUUGAUGAAUGCAGGAUGCUUUGACCAUAAGCUUGAUGAGCAGGGCCACAAAAAUGAUCAGAGCACUAUAACCUCUUUCCUUUGAGGACAGACUGAGAGACUUGGGGUUGUUUAGCUUGGAGAAGGCUCUGGAGAGCCCUUAUUGCAGCCUUUCAGUAUUUAUAAUGGCCUGUAAGAAAGACAGGGGCAGACAUUUUAGCAGGGCCUGUUGCAAUAGGACAAGCAGUAAUGGUUUGAAACUAAAAGAGAGGAGAUCAGGCUGGACAUGAGGAAGAAAUUUUGUACAGUGAGGGUGGUGAAACCCUGGCCCAGGUUGCCCAGAGAGGUGGUGGAUGAACCAUCCCUGGAGACAUCCCAGGCCAGGCUGGAUGGGGCUUUGAGCAACCUGAUCUGGUGAAGAUGUCCCUGCUCAUGGCAGGGGUUGGACUAGAUGGGCUUUGAAGGUCCCUUCCAACUCACACUAUUCUAUGCUUUUAUACAUGCCCUGCUAUAGAUUUCCCCAUCACACACUUGUAAUUCAGGAAUCCUUCACCUGUGCUGUGUUUCUUUCUCAUUGAGGAACGAGGAAUACCCCUGGCUCAUCCCAGAAAGUUGCUGAGUGCUUUUGAGUUACUGGGUCUUGUGGCUUUUGCUUUAUAAUAAAUUACAGAGAGCUCGCCCUGUUCUCCCUGGUCCUUGUUUGUACAUCUUUAAAAACUUUUGUUGAUUUACUCAGGUCUCUGUUCCUAAUGAGUAGUUCAGUCUUUGCCACUACGUAUUGGUCUCUUCACACUUUCCACCCUUCAUAUUACACUUGAUUGUUUUCACAUGAAAAAUAAAAGCUGAAGCCAGUCCCUGGACAAAGUUUUCUCUCAUGCUGUCAUGUACUGAUAAGGAUAAUGGCCGAAACAUUGAGAUGAUACAUUGAGUAUAGGGUGAACUGCAAUUUACAUAUCAACAACAAGCUAGGGAGCGACAGGAGCCACAGAUCAGGCCAGCAGCUGGCAUUUACGGCCAAUACAGAAGGUGGGGGACGUGCUGGAGGGCAUAUAGCUUCAUCUUGUGAUACACCCAGCAUGGCACAAAGGGGAAAAGCUGAGACCCUUCAACAUGUCCCAAGACUUGUCCAUCUUUCGCAAUCACCCUUUCCCGCCAGACUUUCCUCUCCUUCAUAACACCUCCACAAAAGACCAGAAGUGAUGCAAGCAGGCAACCCAGAGAGCUGUAAAGGCCCACCUUGUACAAGCACUGGUGGUGCUCACCACCCAUCCUGAGGACCACUCUGCCCACCAGUCUCACUACAUGAACUGAACAAGACACCAGAGGACACAGCACAUUGCUGGACCCGAGACUGCGAACUCCAUCACACAUAAAGCGGAGCCAUAAGGAUGGUGAAAUCUCUCUAUUCUUUCUUCCCCCUACUUCUACCUUUUUGCUUUCCUUCUUAUAUGUAACAUAGUAACAUAAAGUUUACAGCCCCGCAUAUCCUGCAAACUUCUAAUGUUUACCAAACAAACCUACAGUAACUGUCUUGGUUUUGUUAAAAAACAAGUUUCUCUUUUAGUGAAUUUGCCUGUCAGCUAAAGCUUCAUAUUAGCUGCAUUUUCCUGGAAAACCAGAUACAUGUUUUGGUAAACAUAGCAAUGGGAUGCAAACUUAUUGAUAAGCACAGAUUCACAUCUCACGAGAGCAGCAACGAGAAACAGGUGACCGAGAAACUGACCAACUGUGUAUAACAUUCCAUUCACGUGAAUACUUCAUAUAAAAGUGGCAGAUUACGAGGAUCUCGUCCCUUUUGCUUAUGGCCGACAUUAGGAGAGGACCUUGCUAGAUGUCCCUGCGAACUGAGGCCAAGUGACAGACUGAAUCCAGCUCCGAUUGGCUGCAGAGUCCAGUCCAGGACUUCGGGUGCCGGCUCUGCAGUUGCUGGGACUUUUCAAGAUUGGUUUUAAGCUGUGUGUGACUGAAGGAGUCCAGCCACCAACUGGGUCUGGUGCAGAAGGCCUUUACAACAGAAGACGCAGUUUUCCACCUGCCAGCUCUAAGAUGGUGACUGCCAGGGCCUGGGCUCUGAAGAAGCAUUUUGAUGGUUUACCCAAAUCCAGUGACUUUGAACUAAAAACGAUAGAGCUACCAAACCUAAAAGAUGGACAGUUGCUGCUUGAAUCAGUGUUUCUCAGUGUUGAUCCUUACAUGAGACCUUACAGUCAAAUGGAAAUGAAGGAAGGGGACAUAAUGAUUGGCACACAAGUUGCCAGGAUUGUAGAAAGCAAGAAUCCUGCUUUCACCGUGGGGUCCUGUGUUGUGGCUAAUGGUGGCUGGAGAACGCAUUUCAUCUCUGAUGGGAAAGAUCUACUACUCCUUCCUUCUGGUUGGCCAGAAUCACUCCCCAAAUCUGUGGCUCUUGGGACAAUUGGCAUGCCAGGCCUCUCUGCAUACUUUGGUCUGCUGGAGGUCUGCAAGGUGAAGCCAGGAGAUACGGUGCUGGUUAAUGCUGCAGCUGGUGCUGUGGGUUCUGUGGUGGGGCAGAUCGCUAAAAUUGGGGGCUGCAAAGUGGUUGGCUGUGCUGGCUCAGAUGACAAGGUUGCCUAUCUGAAAAGCAUAGGCUUUGAUGAAGCCUUUAAUUACAAGACUGUUACAUCUUUGGAUGAAGCGCUGCGUAAAGCCUCUCCUGAUGGCUACGACUGUUUCUUUGACAAUGUGGGUGGAGAAUUUUUCAGUGUUGCUGUCUACCAGAUGAAGAUGUUUGGAAGGAUUGUGGUCUGCGGAGCCGUGUCUCAGUACAAUGACACUGUGCCUCAGAAAGGGACUUCUGUGCAUUUUCCAAUGAUCUUCAAACAGCUUAGAAUGGAAGGGUUUGUUGUGACCAGCUGGUAUAACCGCCGGGAGGAAGCUCUGAAGGCACUGCUAAAAUGGGUUGUGGAGGGAAAACUGAAGUUCCAUGAACACAUCACUGAAGGAUUUGAGAACAUGCCAAUGGCUUUCAUUGGAUUGUUUAAGGGAGAAAAUCUUGGAAAAGCUAUUGUGAAAGUCUGAAGAUCCAGUAUUUCUGGGAGACUGGCACAGGAGAACGUGAUUCUGUUAAGUGUUUUUAACUCACUAAUCAAAAGGCAUGUUUCAGUCUUUUUGCUGGUGAUGAUAACUUCCAUUAAUGAUUUAGCUAAUAAGUGUAAUGAUAUGCCAAUGGCUUUGCUCUUGAAGAGCUUAUUCCCAAAGCUAUACACAAAAAAGAAAGCCUUAAAACUAGUGAACCUUCUCAGAACUGUAACAGAUUUAAUAGUAGGUUGAACCUUUCUAAGUGUUGGCCUGUGGAAAGGAAAAGCAAUUCCAAAAGUUUUGACAAAUGAUGGCAUAUCUAAUGACUAAUAUUUACGUAUUGAUUUGGCCCAGGACUUGUCAAGAGGGAAUUUUUAAACUAAUAUCAAAGAGCAAAGAACAGGCUAACGACACUUGGGGAUUCCCAGCCUCCUCACUGGCUGGCUUUUUUUUUUUUUUUUUUAACUUUCAAGAAGAAAUGUAGAUAUCUCUGUUAUUUUGAGAUAAUGGAAAGAAAAAAAAUAACUCUCUCAAUGCAUACUUUGCUUGUGUUAUAGUUCUCUUUGCAGCUAACACAGUGUGGCUAAAAUAUUACAAGCACUUAGUUAUCCCAGCAGAUGUCACAGUACAGGUGACAUGGACAGGUAACUUCCUUGAGUGCUUUGGCCAUUGGUGUCCAAGCUGAGAGCUGACCUUGCCAUGGUGUUCACCCUGGCUCUCCUGGAAGAUGAGAUCAAUGUGCUGGCCCUAGCUGUGCUAAACCUGUGUCCAGGACCCACGUGGUGCUGAGUGAAGGAGACACACAGAUUAGUAACAAUAAUUAUCUUAGAUGUAUUGAAAAAGCCAAAACAAGAACCUGUUACUGUGGGAUACAGACAGAUAUUGAAGGUGAAUAUGAUUCUUCUUCAACUGCUGUGAGGACUUCUUUGUUAUUUUUUUAGGUUUUAUUAUUGAUUUGUGAAGAGAGAUCCUAAGUGGCCUUAUCCUAAGUGGACUAAUUCUGGCUCAGCCUGCUUUCUCAUAGAAUAUUGAUGUGUAUGUUCCCCUCACUAUCUGCAUAUAGAUUUCACACUUCAUGAGUUGCAGCUGAUUUCGUAAGGCUGUUUUACCCCCCCAAAAUAUUAUUUUUUUUGUAAAAUCAAAUUCUCCUGAGCCUGCCCAACCUCUGAACUUCACUGAGGAACAUAGCUGUUUCCUCCUGAAAAUCAGAGUUCUCUGUUAUGCACUAGGAAUGCUGCCAGCAUGUGAGUAAUGACGAUAAUAUCCUGUGUUGUUAGGCAGUUUGGAGGUCUCGUGGUGCUUUCUCCCUGUGAGCUUGAUCAGGAUCAAAGUUCUAAGGCUUAUGGAGAGAUACCUGAAUUUUUCCACAUUGUAUCAAUGAAAAUAAAAAGGCAGUAUUAAAAAAA